AUGCCGUACCAGUAUGAUGCCGAAUACUACAAGGCCAUUGAGCCAAUGCUGGCCGCCAUGGCCGCGGCGCCGAAACACCCACCCUACGACGUCGCCUCGCGUCGAAACGACAUCGACGACAUGUGGGAGGGCCUGAUGCGGAACUGGCCUGCGGUCGAGGACGUCGAGGAGACAAUUUUCAAGGUCGCGUCCUUUGACGGCGUCGAGAUAAAGGUGCACCGCUUCGCGAAGAAAGGAGGUGCUGCUGCUACAGCAUCGCCGUUGCCGGCCGUCGUGUACACGCACGGCGGAGGCUUCUUCUGCCUCAGCGUGCCUCUGUACCGCAAGCAGAUCCAGAGCUACGUGACGCAGAGCGGCAUCCCGUUCUUCGCCGUCGAAUACCGGUCGCCGCCCGAGUUCCCCUUUCCGACGCCCGUCGAGGACUGCUACGCCGCGCUCAAGUGGGUGCAUUCGACAUCGGCUUCGCAGCUGGGCAUCGACCCCGCACGCAUCGCCAUCAUGGGCGACUCCGCCGGCGGCGGGCUCGCUGCGGGCGUGGCCAUCAUGGCGCGCGACAGGUACCUCGACCCUCCGCUGGCGCAACAGGUGCUCGUCAACGCGAUGCUCGACGACCGAAACCAGGGCCGUUUCGAGGCCGCAAAACCUUUCCACACCUGGACCCCCGACGACAACCUCACCGGCUGGGCCGCGUACCUGGGCCGCGACCGCGCCGGCAAGCCUGACGUCGACGUCUCGCCUUACGCGGCACCCGCGCGCGUUGCGUCCGUCGCCGGCCUGCCGCCCUUGUACGCCGACGUGCCGGACCUGGACAUCUUCAGGGAUGAGAACAUCAAGUACGUGGCCCGCCACGCCGAGGCCGAUAUCCCCGUCGAGAUGCACGUCUAUCCCGGCCUGCCGCACAGCUUUGAGUCGUUUGCGCCCAAGAUAUCGACGGCCAAAACCGCCGUGGCGAACAGGGUCAAGUUUAUUUCCAAGCUUUGA